AUGGCAAUCCCUAUCCCAAAAACCUGCAAAGCAAUCGUGCUAGAUGCUCCAGGAGCCAAGUUCGAGCUCAGAGAAGUUCCUGUGGCAUCUCCUAAGAAAGGCGAGAUUCUUAUCAAGACACUGGCUUGCGGUGUCUGCCACAGUGACGCUUCGCUUCGAGAAGGCGAGUUCAACUUCAUGGCCAAGUUUCCAGUCAUCCCCGGGCAUGAAGUCAUUGGCACUGUGAUUGCCGUUGGAGAGGGAGCAGAAAAGUGGAAGAUCGGAGAUCGUGCCGGUGGCCCUUGGCAUGGUGGUCAUGACGGCACUUGCAGAUCCUGCAAUCGUUGCAUGUUCCAGAUGUGCGAGAAUGAGCUUGUGAACGGUGUUAGCCGUGAUGGCGGACUCGCCGAAUAUUGCACCCUUCGAAGCGAAGCAGCGGUCAGAGUUCCUGACGAUGUCGACCCUGCAGACUACGCGCCUUUGCUUUGCGCCGGCGUCACAACUUUCAAUGGCAUUAGAAAGAUGAAGAUCCUGCAAGGAGACACAGUCGCCAUCUGUGGUGUGGGUGGUCUUGGUCACCUUGCUAUUCAAUAUGCUCACAAGAUGGGCUACAAUACUGUUGCCAUCUCAGAGCAUGAGGAGAAGCGUGAGCUUGCCACUAAGCUUGGUGCUCAACGAUUCAUCAAUACAUCCAACGAGGACCCCGUUGAAGCUCUCAACAAGAUUGGAGGCGCCAACGCAGUCUUGAUGACAGCCCCGAACCCCGAAUUCGUUGGCAAGAUUGCCCAGGGUAUCGCUCCUGGCGGUACACUCAUACUCAUCGCGCCUGUUCCCACGGCGACAUUUGAAUUCAUACCCUUGGUCAUCAAGGGUGUUUCCAUUCACGGCUGGUCCUCUGGUUAUGCUUUUGAAACCGAAGAAGCGAUCAAAUUCGCCAUGAACAAGAGUGUCAACUGUAUGGUGGAAAAGUACCCCAUCGAGAAGUUCGACUACGCCAUGGAAAGGAUGCUCCAGUGCAAGUCGAGAUUCAGAACUGUUAUCACCUUUUGA